AUGACCUGCAUAGGAGGCGGACUCUGGACUCUUUUCCUCAUUAAAGGACUCACAUCCCCCCCAAACUGUUUCUUUAGUGACAGCACAAGAACCUGUUUGUUAGAGGAAACACUUCCACCCAGUCCACCUGGCAUUUUUAAGUCCUCCUCACUCGGGAGUGUUCAACAUGUCAGCUGCCAGCUGUCUGCUGUCCGAAGCCCACUUCCUGUGCUCCAUCUGUCUGGACGUGUUCAACCGUCCUGUCACCAUACCAUGUGGUCACAACUUCUGCAAGUGCUGCAUCACCGAAGACUGGAAGAUCAACAGGAAGUGCAAGUGUCCCGUUUGUAAAAAGAUUUUCGACUUGAUACCUGAGCUCCAUGUCAACACCUUCAUAUCUGAGAUGGCCAUUCAGUUCAAGCAGGAGGCGGUAAAGAAAGCCUCGGAGAUCGCUCAGCCUGGAGAGGUUCCCUGUGACGUCUGCACCGGAGUCAGACUGAGAGCCCUGAAGUCCUGCCCGGUGUGUCUGGCCUCAUACUGUGAGAUUCACCUGGAGCGGCAUCAGACAGUAUCAAGAUUGACAAGACAUAAGCUCAUCGAGCCGCUUCAUAACCUUGAGGACAAGAUCUGCACAAAGCAUGACAAACUGAUGGAGCUGUACUGCAAGGACGACCAGAUGUGUGUGUGUCGGUUUUGUGCAGAAACAGACCACGAGUCCCACGACGUCGUUCCUCUGGCGGAAGAGAGCAAAGGAAGGAAGACUGAGCUCAGGGAGACGCAGGCAGAGUUUCAGCAGAUGGUGCAGCAGCGAGAGUUUAAGAUCAGAGAGCUCCGACAGUCGGCUUCCCUCAGCAGGGAAGCUGCAGACAGAGAGAUGGCAGAUGGCGUGCAGGUCUUCACCGCUCUGACGCGGUUUGUGGAGACGGGUCUGAGCGAGCUAACCAAACAGAUCAGACAGAAGCAGAAGACCACGGCGAAACAAGCCGAGGACUACAUCAAAGAGCUGAAUCUGGAGACCUCCGAGGUGAGGAAGAGGAACGCUGAGGUGGAGCAGCUCUCGCGCUCCGAUGACCACCACAGACUCCUCCAAACGUUUUCAUCCCUGAAGUCCUCCCUGCCCUCCAAGAACUGGACUGAAAUCAGCCUCCGUCAACCUUCGUAUGAGGGGACUAUAGCAAGAGCCGUGGCCGAACUUAAAGAAACCCUCAGCAAAGGGGUGGAGAAGCGUCUUGAAGGCGAGCUGCAGAGGGUGCAGCGGUAUGCGGUGGAUGUAAUUCUGGAUCCGGACACGGCACAUCCCAAACUCCUUCUGUCUGACGAUGGAAAACAAGUCAAUCACAGCGACGAGGCGAGGAAUCUCCCAGACAAUCCGGAGAGAUUUUCAUUUUGUGUGAUCGUGUUGGGGAAGCAGAGUUUGUCCGCUGGGAGGUUCUACUUCGAGGUGGAGGUCAGAGGGAAAACCAAGUGGGAUUUAGGAGUCGUGAGCGUGUCCGCCAACAGGAAGGGACAGAUCACGUCGUGCCCGGAAGCCGGGUACUGGACUCUGCAGCUGAGGAACGGAAACGAGUACGUGGCUCUGACUGACCCUGACGUCCUCCUCUCGGUGAGGGCUCAGCCUCAGAAGGUGGGCGUGUUUGUCGAUUAUGACGAGGGUCUGGUCUCCUUUUACAACGUUGAUGCUAAAGAUAUGAUCUACUCCUUCACCGGCUGCUCCUUCACAGAGGAUCUCUGCCCAUUCUUCAGUCCCUGUUUUAACGACAGGGGUGAUAACUCUGCACCGCUGAGGAUCUCUGUUGUGCAAAAAACCUAAAUAUCUCAUUUUAUAAUACUCAUCAUGAAUGUGCAGUAUAUUUAUUAUUCUUUUAUUGUUAUUUCACAAACGAUGAAAUGAUAACUAACCCUUUGUCAAGCCCCUCCCUCCUUAGUUACUGUUACUAGGUUGGACAAAAUCUCUUGGUCGCUUGGCUCCUUCCCAUUUGACACAAUUGAAAAUGUUCCAUGAUUUCACAAACUUAUUUAAAUUGAAUUGAUUCAAAACAUGUCCUCAGUGAAAUAAAUACAUCAGAGAUACAGUAGGGUGUCUGAGGAGAACUCUAAAUCUCUAAAACUUUUUAUAUGAUCCGUGUCUGAUGCUAGUGAGGUCGGCUAACAUUCCACCAGUGGAUGCUAGCCGCCCCGCCUCUAUACUGACUCACCUCUGGACUCCAUCAGCGACAGCGUUCCAUUGCUGGAACCAGGGGUUUGAUAGAUCCUCUUAAUGUUGCCAACAGGGUCGUCAAUACGCAGCUGAGAGUUAUGUGCACAGUGACAUCACAGCGCUAAAUGCUACAGAUGCAUGUAAAAAAGAGAAACGUCAUAAUGAGUCUCUGAAAAUGACGGUCUGCAGAGCUGUCGCCGGGCAGAACUGCUCAGGUGAAGACAACUACAUUAUUAAUUAUCACAGAUUGUAAUUAUCACCUGCUGUAUUUUCAAAUAUCUGUCAUAUAACCAUAAACAACAUCCCUUGGGUUUAGGGAACGGGAUGAAGAAAUGUCUCGGAUCACGAUCUGGACAUUUAGAGUCACUCUCGCAGACACCCCGAGCAACUUUUCACCGUGUUAAAGGUCAAACCUUCAUCAUGACGGCACUGACCCGGGCGCCUUGGCCCGAGCUAACGUUUGUCCAAGCAGAAAGCAGUUUUUUAUUAUUCCUAAAGCUAUUUAUGACUUUGUCAGCAGUUCAUUGUUGGUUUGUUUACAAUCUAUAAACAUGAUUUGGAUGCAACAGAUGUUUCUUAUUCUUUGUAAAUGGUAAUUAAAAGCUGUAAACAGUAACACCAC